AUGUGGGUUACUAAAUAUACUGCAGAAGAACCAUAUGCAAUCUGUAAACAUAGUGAUUGCGAACAUUUGUUCUCUCACGAUGGCAAUACUACUUCUUCUAAUAUUAUUGCCCAUCUCAGGCGAAACCACAAGGGCGAUUUUGAGUUGUUUCAGAACAAAUUGAGGAAUAUGCAACCACAAAUAACUGAUUUUAAAGGCGUGAUUUCGACGAAUUGCAAACCCUUCGCAUUCAGAAAAGAACUACUGCACUUCAUGUCUGUGAAUGAGCUCAAAAUAACACUACUAAAUUUUUUCAUUGAGACCAUCAUUCAAUUUAGUACAGCUGAGGCCCCUGCAUACAAGAAACUACUAUACAGCGCGUAUGUUAGGAAUGGCGACUAUAUCCGCUCGCGAAAAGGGUUGGUAAAUUUGAUGAUAAAGUAUGAUGAGGAGUUCAAUCAUCAAAUGCGGGACGUUUUGGCAACCUCUUUUAACUAG